UGCUUCCAAAUAAACACCAUUUCUAUCAUCAAAACAAAAUUACCUAGGACUACCAUCACUAGUCACAAAACAAAUCAAUGUGUUUAAGUAAUUCUUACAAAUUGUUUGAAUAACUGCGCCAUAUUUGCUAGAAUCUAUACCCAAGCAGAUAAUUGUUAUAUACUCUAAGCACAAUGAAUAGUGUGUUCGACAGAAAACAGAUUCCUUAUACUAAAACGAUUGUUGUUUUUCUAUUGGCUAAUUUGAUAGUUUCAAUUGAUUCAAUAACAGUUAGCACCGAUAACACAUUUGAUUCUCAGCUAAAAAAUACUUUUGAUACCAUAAAAUCAUCAAUAGACUCGAGAGUAUCCGGAAAUGGGCAAUUCGGAUCUUUUAUUUAUCCAGACAAUAAAAAAAAAUCGUAUCCUGAAUUUCCUCGGUUACAUGAAGAUAUUCAUGAUCAAAUGAAAGGUUGGGAUUUUAAUUUUAAUCAUGAUGAAUUUAAAAAUAUUAAAAUACCCCAAGAACAAUCUUUCCGACCAAAAAAAUUACUCAACUUUGAGCCUCUACGACCAUUUAAUUAUUUUUCUUCUCAAAAUUCUCACAAAAACCGUAACUCCAAUCUUCUAAUACCAGGACACCAAGAUGAUGGCUCAGAUGAAGGAAAUAGUAGUGGGAAUGAAGGAGGCAGUGGUGGUGAUAAUGGUGGUGACAGUGGAAAUGAUGAUGGUGGUGAUGGAGGUGGUAGUGGAGGUAAUUUACAAGAAGAUGAAGAUGACGAAACAUAUGCACAAAAAGAAUCUGUCGAAUUAGAUUAUGAAAGCGUAAAAAAUCAAAAUGAUGGUGAUUGGAAUACUAUUAACCCUGAUAAAUCACGAAAACAAAAACCACGACAAUUUCGGGAUAGACCACAAUUAAAAAGGAUUGCUGGAUACGGUGCUCAUAAACUUCUUUUAGCCGAAAGUGAUAAAUACAAUAAAAACCCUCAUUCGCAACGUACAAAUAAACAAAAAUAUAUAUUUGAUAGUCCAUAUUCGGCAAAUAUUGAAAAACGUAGAAGACCAAUGAACGCGUAUGAAGAACGUCCCAAAUCAAUGAAUGAAAAAAAAAAGCAACGUCAUUAUAGAAUCCAUGAUGACUCUAAUGAAAUUUAUAACAAUAUAGUUGGACGAUCAAACAAACCAGCAUUAUCUAAACGACCCUCAAAAUUAUCAGACUAUGAUGAAGAAGAUGAACCGAAAACUUUACAGUCUAAGCGACAACAUACUAAAAAAAAACAAGUUUGCCAUAAAAUAAGGAAAUCGAUGACACCCGAUGAUAUAGAAGAUCAUGAUUCAAUCGGUAGGCAAAUGACAUGUAUGCGCUGUAAAGAUAUAGCAACAGGUGGUUCUUUUGAGAAAUGUGCUUACAAAUCUCAACCAGAGUCUGGAGAAUAUUAUAGAGGUACAGAAGUUAUAAGAGGAACACCAUAUAAAGCAAAACAAAUUCGCUAUAAAAGAAAAAUAAUUGAUAAAAAACCCGAAAGUGAAGAAUCAACUGAAAAGGAUUAUGAAUACGAAAAUCAAGCUGAAGAAUCUGAAGAAGAACCAGAAUAUACAGCAGAAUCUGCCGUAAAAAAUGACAAUGAAAAUGAUGAAGAAACUGCUGAAAAUGAAAGCGGAGAAUACGACUUACCAAUGAUGCCUAUUAAGUCAGCAACUUGUUCUAAAAUAAGAAAAGAAGGUAACAUAUGUAAUGUAUGUAGAGAUAAUCUUACAAAUAGAAAGUAUGAAGAAUGCGAAUAUGAGUCUGAUCCAAAAAAUAAUGCUUAUGAAUACUCAACGCGUAAUCAAUACGGUACUCCUCGAUAUAGGAGACAAUUGGAUAGUGAUCAAACAUACGAUGAUUAUUUUAAAAAGCUCUUUCCUGUAUUAGGGUCUAAUAGAAAAAGUUCGUUGGCAACUAAGUUUUCAUCUAAAGAUGGCGAUUUCGGAUUUUUAGACAAUGGUCACAUAGGUUUUAAAAAAACUAAAUCUAAAUUUAUAGGAGAUAAAAAUCUUUCUAUUAAUUUUGAUUCUGGUGAAGAAAGUGAAGUUAAUAAGAUGUUAGGUGAAUUUCGCAAUAAAGACCGCUCUAACUGCAAAAAGUCUCUUAAAGACAAAAUGACUUGUUACAAAUGUAAAGAUGAUAAGGGACUUGAAACUGAAGAAUGUAUGUAUAUAACUGACGAGAGUCCAAAACAACAUAAACAAUCUUACCACGAAACAAAAAAAUUUAGUAACAACCCAUUGCUAGAGGAAGCUAAAUCUAAUCAAAAUGUUUCUCAACAACUUGCGUCUUCAUCACUUUCAACUGCUUAUGCUCCUUUACACUUAUAUAAUUCUGGUUAUGAACCUAAAAUUGCAUACUCAUAUAAUCAACCUUAUACACAAGAAACAAAUUAUAGACUUCGUAAAAAACCUGUGGAUGAUUAUGUCGAAGCAUUAACAGAAGAAUAUGAUGAUGAUCAGUCCGAAGCACAAAGUUCAAGCAGCGAAGAUUACGAAGAAGACCCGUCAUCUAAAAAAGUGUCAAGACAUGAUCUGCCCGAUGUUGAUCCAUUUGGACCAGAAGGCGCAUAUAGUGAAGAAACGGUACCCGUGUAUGACACACAACUUGGUACAUGGUUACCAAGAUACAUGGUUCAAAGAUCUGAGGAAGAAGCAAUAGUAGAUGCUGAGCUAGGAUUCGAUUGAAAUUAUGAAAUGAAAAAUUAGUGUAAAAAUAUUUUAUAAUUAAUAAUACAUGUCUUAUUCAGAUAUUAAAAAAUAUUAAUGGCAUGGAAAAGGAAGUAAGACAAUUUAAUACAAGACUCCAUAGUUAAGUAAUUCAAUGUUUUAUUUUUGUAUUAUUCAUUUAAUUUUUAAUACUUUCGCUAUUGUUAUUAUAUUAUUUGGUA